CAUAAUCCUCAUAAUCCCUCCUCCCCCUCAUCUUACGCCUAGGAUGUUGUUGCUUCACACUGCAGUUUGCAUUAGUCUCAUACUACUCUAAGCGCCUGACUUAUCAGGUUGCCCUCCCUUCUUUACCUUCCCACCGGUACCUUCGGAAUUUUGAAGUCAAAGGAGUAUUAUAUAGCCGCUGUGUUCCAUCUAACGGCAUCUAUCACACACAUCCAGUUUUUUUCUUACUGCCCCUAGUACAUCCCGGCCGGUUGGGGGGUUUGCUUGGAAGUCCUCGUCUGCUGGUAGCACAGACCGAGUGGCAUAUUCAACAACCGUUCCUUUCCUUCUACCUUUACUUUCGUAGAGCUUCAAAAGGUUAGGUCUAAAGAGACGAAUUAUCAAUAUCGUCAAAAUGGCAGGUCCCGAGUCGUCUAGGAGACCAAAAUUGUCUCUUCAAACGAAGUCAUCACCAGGGCCAAGCACUAGAUCAGCGAGGACUUUACCAAAUGUUAAUCCUAGGUCGCCGACAUCUUUCAAUACCCUCUCAAAUAAAUAUGUCACUGCUAUUGAAAGGUCGACACCGAUUCAGUCGACUCCUAUAACGGCUAUCAAUCUUCUUCAACCUCUCAAGCUUCAAACUGACCCAGAGACUCUCAAGACUCGCCAGUCGAAAACAGAGACGCCGUUCACUGCGAAUUUACCGGAAACUCCACUGUCUGCAAACCCUAUCUCACCGGCCCAGCAAAUGGACAUAAUAUUUCCGAGUAGUAUGACGGCAACUCCUCCAAUGUCUGCCGGGCCAGUUGAGUCAUCCGAGCCCAGCAAGUUUGCGUUCCUCCACGCCGACUCGAAAAAACAGGCAUACCCAUACUCGCCUGCCCAGAGCCGACGGCGAGUGAUCUACGCACCUUACGGGACACCUGCAAAAGCACCGUAUACUCGUGACAAGUCACUUCACAGUAUAUUACGAAACUCGCCUUUACCACCUCAAAGCGCUAGAUCACCUCUCACGCCGACAAGGCAAUCGCGUCGACUGCAAGAGAAGGCUAGCAGGCAUGUGGGCUAUGUGUCUCCACUAACGCAGACCAUCACGACCGAGAAGUAUAUCAAAUCUCACGUCGACCUACUUGCGGACGAUGCAUCUCCAUAUACACCUUCACCGGUUGUAGAGGAUUCAGACAUGCUUCUUGACCUUGCAAUGGCAUAUACGGGAGAUGAGACACGCAACGGCGGAGAAACACCAGGACCGUUCGAAGAAAUGCGAAGGCGUAUGAACGGGUUGGGUACAGACUCACCCAUCCUUUCACCUAGUGGUCGUGGGGUACACAAGCGUAGGAGGAAGGACAAGAGGCGGAAGUGGGUUUGGACUAUAAACCCAGAUGAAGAGGAAAAUGAGGGCGGCGCAAUGGCUGCCCUCAGAGCUGCCGCGGCGGAGUCUUCUACGCCUAGAGGGCCAGCACCUACGUCUGUCCCUAUACUGCGUAUACCCGCUCCUAUACCGGCAAAGGCAGCCACGCCGGAGCCUGUAACGGCUGUUAAAAUUAGUGUUGGGUCUAUCGGGUCAGGAUCGGACACGACGGUGGAUCGCACGGAUGUUGAGAUGUCCGAUGCGGACAGUCAACUCUCAAGCAGGGCUACAACACCCCACAGUGUUGAUCUAAAUAUGAAGACUCCGACGGCGCUGGCACUCAAUACGGAGGUCUCGAAGGUAGAACAGUUUGGAUCUGCGGACUCGAUCGAUCCCGCGACGGGCAUGAGAAGGGACACGCCGAUCCCACCGGACCUAGUCAGCACGGUAUAGUCACGACACAGACGAUAUGAUAUCGAAGUAUAUUGGACAGCAAGUCGAAAUCACGACUGCUAAUGGCUCGAAACAGGGCGAAGAGCCAGUCUAGUUUGGAUGGAGGCAAUGGGAAAUGAUGGAAUUUUAUACGCAUACCGCAAGGCAUACGGGUGCAUUGGACGGCAUGUUUGGUUUAGCGUAGGCGUUGAUCGAUACCAUCGCAUAGCGGGUUUCGUGCUUUGGUUACAUAUGGACGGAUAGGUAUACGAGGAUACGAUGGAUAUGAAAAUGAAUACGAAUCAACACAGUUGCACAAUGACUUGGUCCAAGAUGGGUACAUGCAUGUGAAUGUUGCAUGUUUAUUGGAGUUGACGA